AAUCACAAUCGAAAGCAAUCAACACGCGUGCUAUCGAGCGAUAUCAUACAAGGACAAGAGGAGAUUAAAGCCAGCAGACACUUAGCCUUUUAGCAACCAUCCCACAGAUUGCCUUCCUCUUUUCAUUGAGUCCUUCCAUACACCCAGCCCAAAAAUUCCAAACCACACACACACCACCCGCCACAAUGUCAACAACACCAAUCCCCAAAAACCGAUCCUCCAGCCCAACAGUUUUCGAACAGCAGCGAGCAGAAUUAGUUAGAGAGAUUGCAGUGGGUAUGGAACAAGUCCUCCAAAACAUCAACCGGCUGAACCGGAACCUGGAGAGCAUUAUUUCCGUGGGAAACGAAUUCGGCUCUGUGGAAGCGCUCUGGUCCCAGUUUGAGAACUUUAUGGGCAGCAGGCCUGGGGAGGAGCAGAAGGGUGCUGGCGGUGCUAGUGGUGGGGGUGGAGGCGGGCAGCAUCAGGAUGAUGAGGAGGGGAGUCAGCUUCAGGAGGAGGAUCAUCAAUGAUCGGUGAUCGGUGAGGAAUAAAAUGGGUCUGCGGCUUGGUUUGAGGUUAUCGUUGUUUAUGUGGGUAUGGAUUAGAUCGGUUGAUUGGUGGCGUAUGGUAGAGGAGUUAUCCUUCUUUGUUUUUACAAUGUACUGUUGGAUUGUUUAUUUUGUUUUCCUAUCUUUGUUUUACUCUGUUUGCUAUUGAAAAUAUCGGGAUACGGAUACCAUAUGGGGGGUAAUAACAGAGUUUAUGAGUUUGGCAACAAAACAAGUUCAACAAUUCAAG